AAGUGACAUCACAAGUAUAGCUUGUUGCUGAAAAAGUGGUGCAUGAAAUUAGCCAAUAUCUAAAUUACAGACAAUAAACCAUUUAUUUCUCUGUAGAUGUUUGUUUUUCCCAGGCGUGAAGCAGAUUAGGAGAAGUCAGUGUCUUUAAUCUGAGCGCAGACUCAGAAGGUUUAUGACUAAAACAUGCCGGAAAUAAAGGUUACACCGUUGGGUGCUGGACAGGAUGUGGGACGCAGCUGCAUUCUAGUGUCCAUCGGAGGUAAAAACAUUAUGCUGGACUGUGGGAUGCACAUGGGAUACAACGAUGAUAGACGUUUUCCAGACUUCUCUUAUAUCGUCCAGAACAGCCGUCUGACAGACUUUUUAGACUGCGUCAUCAUCAGUCAUUUUCAUCUGGACCACUGUGGCGCUCUGCCCUACAUGAGYGAGAUGGUGGGCUACGAUGGACCCAUCUACAUGACCCAUCCCACCAAGGCCAUCUGUCCCAUUUUGCUGGAAGAUUUCAGGAAGAUCACCGUUGACAAGAAGGGAGAAACCAACUUCUUCACUUCACAGAUGAUCAAGGACUGCAUGAAGAAAGUGAUUCCUCUGAAUCUCCACCAGACUGUCCAGGUGGAUGAUGAGCUGGAGAUCAAGGCGUAUUAUGCAGGCCACGUCCUGGGAGCUGCCAUGGUGCACAUCAAAGUGGGCUCAGAGUCUGUGGUCUACACUGGUGACUAUAAUAUGACUCCAGACAGACACUUAGGAGCAGCGUGGAUCGAUAAGUGUCGUCCAGACAUCCUGAUAUCAGAGUCAACCUACGCCACGACCAUCAGGGACUCCAAAAGGUGCAGAGAGAGGGACUUCCUGAAGAAGGUGCAUGAAUCUAUAGAGAGAGGAGGGAAGGUUCUUAUUCCGGUUUUUGCUCUGGGUCGAGCACAAGAACUCUGCAUCCUGCUGGAAACAUUUUGGGAGAGAAUGAACCUAAAGGCUCCCAUCUACUUUUCCACUGGGCUGACAGAGAAAGCCAAUCAUUACUACAAGCUGUUCAUAACAUGGACAAACCAGAAGAUUAGAAAAACCUUCGUUCAGAGAAACAUGUUUGAGUUUAAACACAUCAAAGCCUUCGAUCGCUCCUACGCUGACAAUCCUGGACCAAUGGUGGUGUUUGCCACGCCGGGUAUGUUGCACGCUGGUCAGUCCCUACAGAUAUUCAAGAAAUGGGCAGGGAAUGAGAAGAAUAUGGUGAUCAUGCCUGGGUACUGUGUUCAAGGAACUAUUGGUCAUAAGAUCCUAAACGGACAGAGGAAACUGGAAAUGGAAGGAAGAACAACCCUGGACGUGAAGCUGCAGGUGGAGUACAUGUCCUUCAGUGCUCAUGCAGAUGCAAAGGGCAUCAUGCAGCUGAUCCGCAUGGCGGAGCCUCGGAACAUGCUGCUGGUGCACGGAGAGGCCGUCAAGAUGGAGUUCCUCAAGGGCAAAAUCGAGCAGGAGUUCAGUAUAGACUGUUACAUGCCAGCCAACGGGGAGACGACGACUAUCACGACAAACCCCAGUGUUCCUGUGGACAUGUCGCUCAGCCUGCUGAAGAGGGAAAUGGCUCUUGGAGAGUCUGAAACUGGUGUCAUCGGAGCAGGCACUGAAGGAGCUGGGCCUCAAUGAGUAUCAGUUACGCUUCACCUGUCGCGUGCAGCUCCAGGAUCCUCACAGUGACGUCGACACACUCCAUCGAAUCUACACACACCUGAAAAACGUGUUAAAAGGCUACACCAUUCAGCAUCUCCCUGACAGCACGGUCAUGGUGGAGUCCAUCGUCAUCAAAGUGACCUCCUCAGCUGAAGACAGCAGCACUAAAGUCCUGCUGCUUUCCUGGAGUUACCAGGAUGAAGACUUGGGCAGCUACCUGUCGUCGCUGCUGAAGAAGGGCCUCCCCUCUGGGUUGUGCUGAAGGAAUGUGUCUCCUCUAAACAGAUUGAUUUAAACGACAGUUCUCUGCAGGAAAGCUGUCUUUGAUGCUKUUUAUAGAGUCCUGUUCCAGAGGUUGUCUGUUGUUUACUUGUAAACAUAAACAGUUUCUUAGUGGCAAGCAUCUUGUUCUCCUCAAAAGCACACAAGUUCCUGUCUUGAUGGUAAAAUCCUUCUGAUUAAAACUCUCAGAGACUCGUUUAUGAACAUAGGAUCCUAAUUCUGACUUUUAUUUUUAUUUACAAAAAGCCUCCAUUAAUAAACAUUUUUACAAAGAAAA